CCUGCAGUUUAUAUCUUACUGUACGUGUGUUCAGUUGCUGUGGUUCUGCUAACAAUGUGUGGAAAUCUGCUCGUCAUUAUCUCUGUUCUUCACUUCAAGCAGCUUCACACACCAACAAACAUGCUGGUGCUCUCUCUGGCUGUGUCGGAUUUCCUUAUUGGAGCUUUAGUGAUGCCAGCAAUGUUCAUCUGGACGAUUGAGUCAUGUUGGAUUUUUGGAAGAGUUUUCUGCAUAGUUUUUUUGUGGAUUGGUGGUCUCAUCAUGAGCCUAUCUAUUUAUAAUAUUGCUCUGAUAGCUGUAGAUCGAUAUUUGGCUCUGUCAAACCCUUUUCUUUACACGAACACAGUGAAUAGGACGGAGAGAAAAGCAGCUAAAGUCCUCGGUAUUUUAGUGUCUGUGUUUCUGGUGUGUUUACUUCCAUAUUUUAUUUACAGUUUAUUAGGAAAUACAGAAACAUUUCAGAAACUUGUAAUUGUGGCUUAUCUAAAUUCCACCAUUAAUCCACUUAUUUAUGCUCUGUUUUACCCGUGGUUUAGAAGGUGCAUGAAAUUAAUCAUAACUCUGCAAAUAUUCCAGAAAGACUCUGCAUUAAUCAGUAUCUUUUCAUGA